AUGAAAUUGUUAAAUAUAAGACAAUUAAUAUUAAUUAUUUUUUUAAUUAUUCGAUCAAAAUGUUUAGGAUAUAUUAUGUUAAUGUCACAAGAUAAUAGUAGAUAUCAGCAACAUUUACCAAAAUCUUUAACUUAUUAUACUAAUGAAGAAGAUAUUAUUUCAGGUAUACAACCAUAUUAUGAAGGAACCGGUGAAACAUAUGAAACUUAUCAAGUAACACCAUAUGAAUAUGUUGUUGAUGAAGAUGAUAUUAAUAAUAAUGGUGUUGUGUAUGAAGACACUGGAACUUAUUUGAACUAUUUGCCUACUUUAAAUUAUCAAGUUGACACUGAUGAAAUUGGUCAAUAUUAUGGACCAGUUGAAUACAGUGGUACGUAUAAUGAUUAUACAGGCCAUGAUUAUAACGUUCAAUAUGAUGAAUAUUAUCCAAGACAAGAUGUAUUAGUUAAUUAUCAAACAAGAACAGUUAGAAGUCAUCCUACUGAUGGUCAAUAUAAUGAUUAUUAUGAAAAACAUUAUUACAAGAAUGAGGAUGAUUAUGAAGAUAAUCUUCACAAUAAUUAUAAUGCAUAUAAUGCUGAGAAUAAUGCAGAUUUUCGUGAUUAUUCUAAUCUACCUACAACAUCAUAUAAACAUCAAAAGUAUGUACCGCAUAAUUUAGUUUAUUUAAAAGAUUAUUAUCCAAUUGAUGAUAAAUUAUAUGUAUUUUAUCCAAAAAAUUUAAAACAAAAAUAUUAUACCCUUCGUACAAUGAAACUUAAACAUGGUCGAUUUAAUUCAUAUUUUUCAAGUAAAUCAGCGAAAAAAAAUCCAAAUGGAGGUUUUAAAGAAAUUCAUCCAAAAUCAAAUACAGAAUAUCCUUAUGAUUAUAAACAUUUGGGAAUUAAUAAUUAUAAUAAAAAUGAUAAUAAUAAUUAUUAUACUGAACCAAUUAAAUCAUCGAAUUAUAUUCCUUCAAAUUAUCAUUCAUAUCAUAGAAAAGUGAAUUAUAAACCAGUAGACAGAUAUUCAUCAAUACAUUAUAACCAUGGUAAUAAUAAUAAUAAUAAUGCCAAAGCAUUUUAUAAUAUUAUUACUACUAAUAAUAAUUAUAACCCAUAUAAAUAUUCAACAAAACAAGAUUAUAAUAAUUAUAUUGAAGAAGAUAAACUACCAGAGGAUAUAUUUCUAUUUGGUCAUAAUUUAAAAACAACAGAUUAUGAAGAAUCAAUUUCAUAUCAUCAUAGUGGUAAACAAGAUCCAAAAGGUAAAAUUAAAAAUUAUUCCAAUUAUGAUAUAUAUGGUAGAAUGAAACAAUUUGGAAAAUCAAAAUUUGGUGGUAGAACUAAAAAAUAUCAUACAGUUAUUGAUAGUGAUAAAAGAAAAAAUAGACAUUAUGUUACAUAUCUUCCAUAA